AUGAUUCAAAAUCUUCCUAAUGAGUUGCAUAUUGAAAUUUUAAAUUAUUUUGUUAUAGAAACAAAAACUGUUUGCAAAAAGUGGAACACAUUAGUUCCUUUAGUACUACACGAAGCCGUUACCUCUAGAUUAAAUUCUGGUUUAAAACUUGAGUUUACGUACGGGGACGAUGCAGAAUGGACUAAAAAAUUAUCACCAACUUAUGAUGAUUUUACAAAGACAUUUACUUUCCAAUUUUAUAGUCCUGAUGAUGGCAUUAGUAGAUCUCUUAAAUAUUAUAACGGAAUCAGAUUUACAGCAUUCUUGGUAAAGAAUAAUCCAUCUCUGACUAAACUUGGAGCAGAGUUAGGCCAUUUAGCUUUUCCAGAAAUUGUAAAUACCGAUAUAUGUAAAUACGAAUUCGAUUAUCGAAGUAACAUAUGUUUCAAACGGGUGACUAAUGAAGAUAAGAGUAAUGAUUGUGUAAAACUUUAUAGUUUUACCAUUGAAGCAUGGAAGCUUUGUUAUAUUUUAGAUUGUCUUAAAUUUGAUACGUAUGUUAUUUAUGCGUAA